AAACUAGUUAAUUAACACCCACGUGUGAACAUCCAUAUGCCUCUCUCCACACUUCUCAAUGGUUUAAAGGAUAAUCCUUACUUUGGGGCUGGAUUUGGGCUAGUCGGAGUAGGAGCAGUCAUAGCCGGACUGAGGAAAGGGUUUCAGUGGGGGAGUGUACUCUUUAGACGCCAUUUUAUGAUUACAUUAGAAGUCCCUAGCAAAGAUAAGAGUUACCUCUGGUUGUUACAAUGGAUCACUACUCAUGCUCGGCGAUCACAACAUUUGUCAGUUGAAACUACAUUUCACCAAUUAGACACAGGUAAAAUCAACACUGAGUAUCACUUUGUUCCAAGCCCUGGUGUUCAUUUCUUUUGGUAUAAGAGAACAUUAAUAAGGGCAGAGAGGAAUAGAGAGAAACAGAUGAUUGAUUUGCAGCACGGAACUCCCUGGGAGACAGUCACGCUGACAUCAAUUGGCAGAAAUAGAGAAUUAUAUUUUCAAAUUUUAUCCGAAGCACGCCAGCUGGCACUCCAGAGCCACGAGGGAAAGACUGUGGUGUAUGUUGCAGCUGGUGCCGAAUGGAGACAGUUUGGGUACCCAAGGAAACACCGCCCACUGAGCUCCGUUAUUCUGGAUACUGGUCUAUCGGACUACAUUGUUUCUGAUGUAAGAGAGUUCAUAUCUAACUCACAGUGGUAUAUGGUGAGGGGGAUACCGUAUCGACGUGGCUAUCUCCUUUACGGUCCCCCUGGGUGUGGCAAGAGCAGCUUCAUCACGGCACUAGCAGGAGAGCUUGAUUACAGCAUAUGUCUAUUGAACCUCAGUGAGAGAGGAUUAUCAGACGAUAGACUUAACCACCUACUUAGUAUAGCUCCUGAACAAUCUAUCAUACUCCUUGAAGAUGUCGACGCUGCUUUUACUAGUAGGGAAGAUAACGAAAGGACAAGAACAGCUUAUGAUGGUCUGAGCCGGUUGACGCUUAGUGGAUUACUCAAUGCUUUGGACGGGGUUGCAUCUGGCGAAGGUCGAAUUGUUGUAAUGACAACCAAUUAUCGGGAGAGGCUGGACCCUGCGUUGGUUCGUCCUGGACGUGUUGAUGUAAAGGUGUUGAUUGAUUAUGCGAGUCAGUAUCAAUUGGAAGCCAUGUUUAAUCGUUUUUAUCCGGAGGCAUCUUUAGAGAAAGGACGAUUAUUUGCAUCAAGUGUCCUAUCUGUUAGGAAUAAUGUGAGCCUAGCUGAGAUCCAGGGCUACUUUAUGCACCAUAAAACUAGUCAUGAUGAAGCUCUAAAUAACACUAGCACUUUACUCAACAACCAAUAGUACUUAACAAUUAAUAGAUGUUAUUAUUAUUAUUAUUAUUAUUAUUAUUAUUUAUUGCUAUUUUUAAGGUGUUUUAUUAAGUAGUUAGUAAGGUAUAAUGAAA